GCCAGUUGAGACCAGCGCGCACAAAAGCAGCGUGCGUGGGUCGGCUAGCUAGCCCUAGCUGGUCGCAUUCGUCUCCAUUUGUCGAAGCAACGACCCACAGGCGAAAAGGCUGCCUCCCAAGGCGCACAGUAAGUAGGACACACCACUCACUCUAGAGCAGGGCAGCCUCCACACGCCUCCAAACGCGACGCAACGCACAAGCAUGGACGGCUACCACUACCCCCGGGACCCCUUACCGGAAAACGACCCGCCGCCGCCUCCGUUAACAAAGUCCAUGGAGAGCGCCGCCUUCGCCAAUAGAACGGCACUGGAGGAACUCGUUUUUGAGGCGAACCGCGCGGAACGCGAGGCGCGCGCCAUUAAAUUACAGGACGCCGAGGACCUGGCUCGAAAAGCGGACCGGCAGUUGUCUCAAGAUAGGGCGCAAGCUCGAAGGUGUUUGGAAAGACUCAAGCAUGACAGAGGCGACGAGGUCGGGAGGGCCCUCGCGGCCGUCGACGCGUGUACGUUGUUGGGGAGCUGGACCCAGUGGAUGCGAGAAGGUAAUGAUGAUGCACACGUCCCCACAAAAUGCGCGCGGAAGUGGCGGCGCUUCGCCUCACCAGAAGCGGACUGGGACGUCGAGCACGUCACUUCCCAAAGUUAUGGGAAGAUGGACGGUGCGAAGCCGGGCGCCGGACUUGUCUUGAGGGCGGAGCCCGUCGCUGCCGUGGAUGUCGUCCCUUUGACGGAUUUCGAGGGAGAACCCUCCGCAGAACCUUUAGCGGCGCAAUUGAAACGAUGGUUCUGCGACGCAAUUGGGUUGAGUAAAGUCGCGUGCACGGACGCGUCGCUGCCUGCAUUACCGUCGCUACAACAGGGCGACUGGAUGAAAUUGAGACAUGAUAGGGGCCGGUGGGUCCGCGUGUCCGGCAUCGAUCGCGUGAGGAAACGCGUGGAGAUCGACGCCGCGGCGGAGAUGCCUCCACCCGUGGCUCGUUCUUUAGGUUUAAAGGACGACGCGGGCAUGGGCGCGUCGUCCGUCGAACCUUAUGAAUUAUGGGGCGCGGUGGUGGUACGGGGCCUCUGGCCGCCUUUCACUGCGUACAAGCUGCCGGACGGUGCCGAGCGUCGAAGCGAGGGCCUCGCGAAGUUGGUGCGGUGGGCGUCCGAGGACGACGGGCCCUCUACGACGAUGAGGCGUCGGGUGCAGAAGGCUUCCACAGUACUCUUCGAGGCGCCGUUCCUGGAGCUGGCGCGCGCGGAGGAGCGCGCGCUCUUACUAAGGUGGACGCCGCGGUGGACGCGGCGCGACACGUCCACGAACGCAAAAGUCGCGAGCGACGACCGGGCCGUCGCCGGCAAAGUAUCACUGGACAAGCUGUCGAGUGAUGAAGUCCGCGCGCUCCUCCUGAGGCCGCAUCGACUGGAAGAGGUUUAUGGAAGGACCUGGGCCUCUUUGCGAAUAGACGGCGCGCGGUGUGCGAGGGCAAGAGACGCGGGGGACUGGGAGCGGCUCGGGGUCGUCCAGCGGUCUCACAUGAAGCUGCUCGGGAGCGUCGCGGAGAAGUAUAGGUUGCAGGGCGUGCCCGAGAAGCUCGUGGUCAAGCUUGCUGAAAGGCAAGCGGCUUGCUCUCUCAAGUCGGAGGCGGCCGCGGCCGAGGCGGACUACGCGAUCAAGCUCGACGUCUUCCGCGCGGGCGCGUGGCAGCCGGUCUACGCGGGCCCCGGCGCCGGCUGUAGGGUGGAGAACCUGAGGCCCCUGACGCGCUACAGGGUACGGUGCUGCGUCGCGGCGGCGCGCGGCCAGGUUUCAAGAUUUGCGGCGCACGCCUUCUGUACGGCCGGGCCCGCGCCGAAGAAGCCCAAAAUCAUCCGGUGGUACAAGACGCCGCCUGACCCUUGUAAAGUAGCCACGGGGCCGGGCUGGUGCGAGCGCACCUGCGAGUUACAAUUAGCGCCGCCGCGGCCGUCGCGGGACGCCGUCUACGUCGUCGAGGUCCGGGACGCCUCAGAUGACGCCUGGCGGCGUUGCUACCGGGGCGGUUCUGAUAGAGCGCUCGUGCCGAACCUGACGGCGGGGCGCUCGUACUUGUUCCGCGCGGCGUUCUGCGUCGGGGAGACGCUCGCGAAAUUCGGCCCUUCAAUGGAGAUUGCGGUGCCCGGCGUGCUGCCGGCCGGCGGCGCCGUCCCGCCGGCGCCUGUUGAAGAGUCCUCCUCCGCGACAGAAGAAGAGGAGGAGGACGUGCCGACGACGGUCUUGGAUGACGAGUGGCGCGUCGCGUGGUCCGAGGAGAAGCGGCGGCCCUUCUACCACAACGUCGCGACGGGGCGGAGCCAGUGGACGCCGCCGCUGAGCGUGGGGUGAGUAAAAUGUUCACGGCAGGCAGCGGACGUUUCCAGAUCGUUUAGAUUCACAAACUUAGUACAUAGCGCCAAGCCAACUAAUCCGACUCAUGGCCAA